CAGGAAAUUACGCGGUGGUUUCCAUUGAUGAGAUUAUGAGAGUACGGAGGCGUCUCCAGAGUUGUGGACAAAACAAGCCCCUGCUUUAUGAUCAGGACUAGUUGGUUCCAAAUCUCUUCCCAUUCCCAUUUUUAGCAUUCUAUAAAGUGCUUGCCUUACCAUUUGUUUUGAAUAUUUACCCCAAAUAUUGAAACUUGAAAGAAACUUUUGUGAUCGAGCAUGGAGUCGAUCAGAUUUCUUCUAAUUUCAAUCUGCAUGGGAGCUUGGUUGGGUGGUUCCUUGUCUUCUGAUGGGUUAGCGAGAGUUGGUCUAAAGAAAAGGAAUUUAGACCUUAACAGCAUACAUGCAGCCAGGAUCACCAGACCUCAGGCUACUUCCUUUGCCAGAGUAACUUCAAAUGCAGAAAUAGUAUACUUAAAGAAUUAUCUUGAUACUCAAUAUUAUGGAGAGAUUGGCAUUGGAUCACCCCCACAAAUUUUCACUGUUGUGUUUGAUACUGGCAGCUCCAAUCUUUGGGUUCCAUCUUCAAAAUGCCUUUUAUCAAUUACUUGCUAUUUCCAUUCCAAAUUCAUUGCAAGGCUAUCCAGAACUUAUACUAAGAUCGGUAUACCAUGCAAAAUUCAAUAUGGUUCUGGGUCUGUUUCUGGGUUCUUAAGCCAAGAUCAUGUCAAAGUUGGGGAUGAUAUCAUUAUAAAUCAAGAGUUUGCUGAGGUAACAAGAGAAGGGUUUUUAGCACUCUUGGGUGUGCAGUUUGAUGGCAUCCUUGGACUUGCAUUUCAGGAUAUUGCCGUUGCAAAAGCUACACCAGUAUGGUAUAAUAUGGCUGAACAAGGUCAUGUAAGCCAGAAAGUUUUCUCUCUCUGGCUAAAUCGCAAUCCAUCGUCAGAAUUGGGAGGGGAAGUUGUCUUUGGAGGUCUAGAUUGGAGGCACUUCAAAGGUGACCAUACAUAUGUCCCAGUCACUGGAAGAGGUUACUGGCAGAUUCAGGUGGGGGAUAUUUUUAUUGCAAACAAUUCAACAGGAUUGUGUGCUGGUGGCUGUUCUGCCAUUGUGGACUCAGGGACAUCAUUUCUUUCCGGUCCAACUCGUAUAGUGGCACAAAUUAACCAUGCCAUUGGAGCUAGAGGAAUUGUGAGUUUGGAAUGUAAAGAAGUUGUGUCCAAGUACUGGAAUUCAAUAUGGGAUUCGAUGAUAUCUGGAUUAAGGCCUGAAAUUAUAUGCGUUGAUGUUGGACUGUGUCUAUACAACAACAACACUGUUAUUGAGACUGUGGUCGAUGGUGAAGCUACAGAUAGAUUAUCAGUGGAUGAGGGUGGUGCUUUAUGUACUUUCUGCGAGAUGAUUGUUUUCUGGAUUCAAGUACAACUUAAAGAGAAAAAAGCAAAGGAAAAGAUAUUUCAUUAUGUUGAUGAGCUGUGCGAGAGGCUCCCCAAUCCUCUAGGAAAAUCAUUUAUCAACUGCGAUGAAAUCACAGCCAUGCCAUAUGUUUCCUUCACCAUAGGAAACAGAUCCUUUCCUCUGUCUCCAGAGCAGUAUAUUGUUAGAGUUGAAGAAAGCUAUGCUACUAUUUGCUUGAGUGGAUUUGCAGCUUUAGAUAUGCCUCCUCGACAAGGUCCCCUCUGGAUUCUUGGAGAUGUGUUUUUGGGAGCAUACCACACGGUGUUUGAUUUUGGUAAUCACCGGAUAGGAUUUGCUAAAGCUGCCUAGUCUCCACUGUAUGCUAGUAGUUUGUAUGCUAAAAUGCAUUUCUGGAUCGGGUGUGCAUUUUCUCUUUACUUGCAGCAAUAGGGCGUUCUUUUAAAGCACUUUAGGACACUGUCAUGUAGAAUAUAAACAAUAAUCUGAAUUGGCUCCUUUUCCAUCUCA